CAUACACACCCACACCCAACACCCGCAAAGAAAUCCUUAUCGCUGCACCCAACCCUCCCGAGCAUCUCGACCAAUGAGCCCACGUGGAAUCUUGUAUAGGCCAAGGAGCAAACUGUGGAGGCAGAUAUAAAGCACGGCCUACUAUCCUACCUCAUCUAGAUCCGAACUGUCACUGUCUCGAUUUUCCGUUUUGGCUACUUUUUUUUUAUACGCCGUGGAGAUUUAUAUUGGAUUUUUAGAUUGCUUUUCCGACGGGAGACAACCGGGUCGAGGGCGAAUGUAACGCUACGAUGGCGCCUGAACACGUGCGUGAGCAGUUGGACCUGGAUCUGCGUGGUGCUGGUGUUGGUGCGAAUCAGUUCAAUUUGGCUAGUUCGAUUGCGGAUAGGAUGAAUGUGGUGCCGGGCUUUAAGACGAGUGCUGGUAAGUUCUUUUCUCUCUCAUUUUUAUCUUUUCCUUCUUGGAUUAUUUUCUGCUCUGUAAGGAAUCAUUUGUUGUGGUUUGGUGGUUGUGUUUUGAUGUCCGCAAAAUCUGUGCGUGCAGAAAAUGAUCCCGGUAUUUUUUUUCUUUGCGACCUCAAUUUCUCCGUCCUCUCAGUUGGAGAUGGGUUGCAACAAUUUUGGCAACUUUUCCUCCCGCAGUCUAGUGAUAGACUAGAAUCUCCAAGGCUCACUUUAAAGAGAAUACAAGCUGACAACUCCCUCAUAGCAUUCUUCACCUUCCUCCGCGCAAACCUCGUCCUUCCCGAAUCCUCACUCCAUCUCGACUCCAAUUACUCAACCCCAACUCUCUCGCCCUACUGCUCUCAAACUCUCCCACCAGUUUAUACUCUCCCUCCCUCCUCCCUCUCAAUAGUCUCCACUGCACCAACCUCGCUUAUGUCACACUCACGAUCCUCAUCCUCGUCCUCGUCCACAUCCACAAAAUCAAAGCGAACACGCACUCCACCCCCUAAUCCACUUGACGACAUCCCACCCCUCACAACCACAAUCCUCACAUCCGACUCCGACAAAACCGCCGCCUUGAAACUAAUAGCCGACUCAAUCGCACAACAACGACAAUUCGCCGCGCGCUGUAUCAUCUUCCAUCCCCUCACAAUAUCAAUCUACAUCCUCCUCCUCGGCAUCACCUCGAAACUUCUCUACACCCCGCAAAAUGGCUUCGCGGUCGUCGCAACGACCUGCGCGGGCAUCACCAUGACCUUCCUAAUCGCCAUCCGCGGCCUCACAUCCCAAUACCUCGUCUACGCCGAACAAACCACCUGGUCCUUCCUCCAAAACCCAAACACCGGAGAACCCGACCUGGUCCUAGGUUCACACUUCGGCAGCACCCUCAUCGGCGCGCUCGUCCUGCGCUUGGAACGUAAUCCCUCCUCCCCAACAACAAAAAAGCGCGGGGGCGGGAACAAAAGUAAGAAUGGCGGACAAGGAAUUAUCCGCGCGUGGACGGUCGGCUUGCGGUAUCGAGGAAAGGGCGUGGGGACCGAGUUACUCGAGGAAGCGGUUAGGAUUUCCCGAGAGAGGAUGGGGAUCAGUGCCGAGGUGGGGUUUGCGAGGGAACAUGCGAAUGGGAGGUUGGUUGCGCCAGAGAUGUUUAAUGGGGGGUUUCGGGGGAGGGAGAAGAGGGCUGCGAGGUGUUUGGAGAGGAUGGUGGGGGAGACGAGGAAGAGGUAG